CAACAUGGCGGAUUAAAGUAACCGUUAAAUGUCAAUAACUAAAUUGAUUUAUGAGUAAUGUUUAUCUGUCAAGUGGCAAUAAACCGUGAAUGACCCUAUUGUCUUAUCUCAAAUUUACUUUUCAUUAGGCGGUUGUCAAAUUUCACACCAUUUUACGGGGUCAGAAGAAAAUUGAAAGCAAUGUAACCACUAUAUCACCUUAAUUGGUUUUUAAUUGGUUAGAUAUUAGGUAAUUAGACUAGAUAAAAUGGCGACUGGAAGCGCCCUUAACCUUUCACUUCUUUCACGUGGCGUGGGAGAAAUUAAGAGAAAUGGAACUGAAAAAGUGGAUGUUAUAUUCGAACCACAGGACUACUUCAACUUUGUGGAGCAGUCACAUGAUCGACCAUUUUUCCUGCCUCCUCUGCAAUCUAGAUAUGGCUUCUCUCAUGAACCAUCACAGAUAUCCUCAAGAUACACCAGUAGCAGCUCCAAAGAUGCUGUCCAUCUUCCUAAAACGUUCACCACCAGGAAAGGCGCCCUGCUGUUGUUCUCAGAGGACAUGGCGCACCGGACCAAAAAACCGAAGCACCAUGAAAAACACAAAUCCAUCGGCUUCUAUCCCGACCAAGAUGUGACCGAGUCAACUGAGACGCUGCCUUCGUCAGCUGAUCAUGAUCUUAAAACGGUUGAUGAUUUAGCCAAGUCCAUUUUGUCGUAUGGAAGUUUUGACGAAGGUAAAAUGAACCUGAAGUUCUUGAGGAAACAGAGACGCCGCUUUGAUUACGAACGACAGAUCCGGCCGGGCUUCUCUGCCAAGCGAUAUCUCUCAACUUGGACAAAAACCUGGGAUGACACUGUCUUGGAAAAAGUUAUUAGUAAAGGCUAUCUGACAGAGAAGUCUCUGUUCUACUACAACCCACUACUGCCCCACCUCUCCAGACGCCUCAACGACGACCUGUCACACUACCCUACACCCUACAAGUUGAUGCGGAGCAUGCUUAUGUCCCCUGGCAGCUUGUCUGGCUACACCUUCUACAGAGUCCGGCCAGAGUCUCAGGAAACUGAUUAUUUCGAUAUUCCUGAUGAUGACCUGGAUGAAGAAGGUCGUGUUAGCAGGUCAAGGGCAGCUGCCGGGUCGGUCAAGGUUGCCAGCCUGACCGCAGAUGGUCACCUCAAGGAAACCAUAUAUGGACAAUUGGACAAGAAAGCCCAGGCUGAGGUUCUGACUGACCUGCUGGUUAAAGGGGCAGUGCACUAUGCUCUGGAAAAACAGCAGGAAUAUGUCAGUAAGAUAAUUGAGCUCUCUGAAGAUGGAUCUGAAAUCCAAAAACUGCCAACUUUCGACAUGAGACAGGCCGUUGAGUCAAUGCUGUUAUCCAAUGAUCACAAGAACAUACCAGCUAAAGUCCUUGAUGCCAAUCUACCGGAACGGGAUGACCAAUCACAUCACUCGGGCUCCUUUAAAGGGGGCAAACUUGGGGCACCACGCAGGGGGGCUGGAGAUCACAGUGUGACCUGGAAGGACGAUGCCUCCUCUGCAAGCUCAGGAGGCCCCGCCCCCCUGACAGGCCCUGCCCCCCUGUCAGGCCACGCCCCUCUUCCCCCCAUAGGUCAAGGCCAUGGGGAUAAGUCCCACACCCAGUUAACGCCCAUAGGAGAGGCAAGUAGAGAGCACACCCAGGCCUAUCUGAGGGACAAGGAAGAGGAGGAAGAGGAAGGCUGGGCAGGUCACAGGGUCAUUGAGAGGCAGGUGGAAGGUCAGAGGUCAAACAGGGAUGAGGAGAGGAAGAAACGGGAACAAGACAAGCGGAAAGCACGCGUGUCAGCCCAUAGCGUGGAUCUGGAAGGUCAAGUGCUGGGUGCACAUGGUCUGAUGUCCAGCAGUGAAAGUGUGGGCCCAGGAAGUACCCACUCUUCAGGCUGGUUACCGGCUGUACACAAGCCACAGUGGAAGGGGAGCCAGCAGAGCCUACGUAGUCACGGGUCCAGGAAGGCAUCGGGUAGUUUAAUAGAUGGUGACGUAGCGUCCGGCAAGGGUAGCAUAGUGUACGGGCCGGACGGGGAGGUCAUCAAGGUCGGGGAGGCCAUCAAAUUGUCCGCGCGGCAGUACGAGACAGGCGUGCAGGACAUACAUGACGCCAAUGUCCUGCCGCCUGCCAUGAUAGACGCGAGCGAGGAGUCGGACACUGAAGCGCCCGAUGUGUGGAAGAGCCAGCGACCGCGUUCAGGGCGCCGGUCGGAUCAGAGCAUUCUCAGACGAAGAGACAGCGUAAAUGAGCCCCCAAUUCGAAUCACAAUCACAGGAUGUGAGUCUCCACGUUCCCAGGUGACCGAGCAGGACAUUAUUGACAAGCUGACGUCUCAUGCGAGCCAGAUCGCUGACAGCGUGCUCAGUCUGAAUGACGCCGGACAGGUGCUUGAAGAGGAUAUCAGGAGAGCAGCGGCACUUUGGAUGGAGACCCACCCGCCGAGAGAAAUCUCUAGAAGUCAGUCUGUGCAGGACCUUCCUGAUAAUACGGUGAUUCAGGAGGUGAUGAAGGCAACCAAGAGGAAGAGCGCCGGACCGACCGUGGCAGAAUACCGGGCCAAAAUCAAGGGGAACCUCUUGACUGCACUUGCUAAGGCGACAGGUAUAAACCAAGAGGACAUUCCUGGUGAUGCAGAGAUUGAUCCUGAUCUUCUUGAUCAGCUGGCGAAGGAUUCGCUGAAGCCUGAAGACAUUGAGAUCGUCCAUGAUGCAGAGUCCGGACGCAGCUUCAUACGAUCGAGAAACCGUAUGAUCAAAGAGGCGAUGGGAGGGGUCGAGAAGGGGCACAUAUACCAGCCCGCAAAAAAUACUGAUGGUAAAAGGGUAUCUAUACCAACUGAACGGAAGCCGCAAGACAUCGGUGAGAUUGACGUUGUUAAUUAUGGUCAAGAAAAGCAACCCUCUGAUAAGGCUGUAUCAGAGAGAACUGCGUCCGAGAAGGCACCGUCAGAAGUGGGGUCUAAGAAAACCAUGUCAGUUGCUGGCAAAGCAGACGAUUCCAAGUCCCUGAAGUCUGCCUUUUCAUCGAAAGGUGUAGACGAGGGAGAUCUAAGUCAGGCACUGGCAGAUUUAGAAAAGACUGGUUCCCCAGUAAAAAGCAGUGAAGCAAUCAGUUUGAAGAGUGGAAAGAGUGAUGACAAGAAGAGCAAAGUUUCAGAGAAGAAGAAAGAUGACUUUGUUGUGGGAAAGGUACAAAACAAAAAGGAACUGGAGGAAUUGUAUUACAAACCACCUGAACCUCCAGAGGAAAAGAAACCAAUUGCAAAGUCUCAGAAAAGCAAAAGGGAGAGUGUGGAUGCAGGUAAACCAAAACCCAAGAAAGCCGCAGCCUCUAAACCAGCGCCUGCCAAGGAAGGGAAGGCCAAAGGAGGUAAGAAGGGCAAGGGUAAGAAGAAGAAGGAGGAAGUGGAGAAGGAGCCCGCGACGGCAGUGGAGGCAGUGUCCCCUGUGAAGGAGAAGACGCCCGAUGUGCCUCGAGAGCCCACGCCCAAACCGGUCACUCCUGAAACUGAGAAGCCUACCUCGGUAAAAUCUGCAGGCAAAUCCAGAUCAUCAUCAUCAAUAUCAGGGUCUAGAAGUCAUAAGUCUGAGAGCCCCAAGCCGUACAACUCAGAUGAUGAGGAGGAUUACAUCAUUGUGCGAGACGAGACAAUGUCGCCCGAGGUCCCAGUUGAUACCGGAUUGAACAUCACGACUAGUGUGGAGGAGGAACCAGAGGAGCUGGAUGAAGAAGGCUUGAUACUGUCAGCAACUGAGGGUGAAACAGAAGAUAUGAGUGAAGCGGACAAGUUGCGAAUGAUCUCAAACCGUGAGGCUCGUAAUGCGAAGCGAGCUGCAGCGGCUGAGAAACGUAGACAGGAAGUGGAGCGUAAACGUCGCGAGCGAGAGGAGCAAAUCAAGCGUGAAAAGGAGGAACAGGAACGGCAAGAAAAGCUUAAAAUAGAACUGGAGGAGCAGCGGAAACGCAAGGAGGAAGAGCGCAGAUUGAAGGCUGAACAAGAAGAGCAGGAGGCUGCAAACCAGAUGAAUGAGGAGCUCGAGAAACAGAAACGGGAGAAGGCGGAGCAGGAGCGGGAACGUAGGAGGAAGGAGGAGUACGCACGAAAACUCGAGGAAAUGAAGAAACGUCAUGAGGAGGAGGAGAAGAAGAGGCAGGAGGAGGCAGAGCGUAAAGCAUUGGAGGAAGAAGAAAGGAGGAAGGCAGAGGAAGAAAUGAUGGCAAAGAUGGCAGAAGAGGAAAGAAUUGAGUAUGAAAGGAAGAAAAAGGAGGAAGAGGAGGAAAGGAAGCGGCUAGAAGAGGAAGAAAAACGCCGUCGCGAGGAGGAAGCACAAAAGGCGAUAGAGGAGGCGCGACGUCUCGCAGAGGAAAUGGCGAGAAAACAGGCAGAACUCGAGGCUAGACUUCGAUUCAACAGGUCCCUCCAGCUGGAAUCAGAAGGCAUGGAGCACACUCAGGACAUCACGCGAGCCUUUGUGUUCUCAUAUUACGAGCUCCUGGCCUGGCUUGGACUCAACGUUGAGGAGUUUGACCUACUUAAGCUUCACCAAUACUCAUGAACUUAUGACUAUCUGAGCUCAUUAACUUGUUAUAUCUCAUGGAAUUACAAAGUUGUGAGCUCAUUAAAUUGCUAUAGCUCAUGGAAAUACAAAGUUGUGAGCUCAUGAACUUGUUAUAGCUCAUGGAAUUACAAAGUUGUGAGCUCAUUAAAUUGCUAUAGCUCAUGGAAUUACUAAGUUGUGUGCUCAUGAACUUGUUAUAGCUCAUGGAAUUACAAAGUUGUGAGCUCAUGAACUUGUAGGAUUUUAAUUAUGAACUUAGUUUUGCAUGAAAGUGGUGUUUUGAUUCACGUAAAUUUCUCGUGGUUACAUGCUUUUAUUUGUGUAAAAUGCACUCUUACGCUGUGUUUUAAUUCCUCAUAAUCUAGGAUCAUGCAGUACUUAAAGUAAUGUUUGAUUAUACUAAAGUUAUAUUUUAAAACCAUUAAGAAAAAGGAAAAGUUAUUUUAUCUUGAAGCCUAGUGUAGUAUACUGUUUUGUUAUCUUAUUUCAUAGAGUUCAGUAAGAGAUUGUAGAUAUAUUUUGUUUAUUGCAUUCUUAAAGGCAUAGUGUGCUUACUCUUCAUUCAGGAUCUGAUUAUUCAAUGUUGCUCAAAUUAGAAAGUAUGUUUUAUUACCAGCAAAGUUGUUAACGCUUAUUAUUUAAAUGCUAGUAUAAUAGUAAUGUUGUCCAUUAGACUGAUCGAUUGUCGAUACAGAAGCAUACAACAUGUAUACAUGAUCCGCGGUACUGAUUGUCGAUACAGAAGCAUACAACAUGUAUACAUGAUCCGCGCUACUGAUUGUCCAUACAGAAGCAUACAACAUGUAUACAUGAUCCGCGCUACUGAUUGUCGAUACAGAAGCAUACAACAUGUGUACAUGAUCCGCGCUACUGAUUGUCCAUACAGAAGCAUACAACAUGUAUACAUGAUCCGCGCUACUGAUUGUCCAUACAGAAGCAUACAACAUGUAUACAUGAUCCGCGCUACUGAUUGUCCAUACAGAAGCAUACAACAUGUAUACAUGAUCCGCGCUACUGAUUGUCGAUACAGAAGCGUACACAUUGUAUACAUGAUCCGCGCUACUGAUUGUCCAUACAGAAGCAUACAACAUGUAUACAUGAUCCGCGCUACUGAUUGUCGAUACAGAAGCGUACACAUUGUAUACAUGAUCCGCUAGACUGAUUGUCCAUACAGAAGCAUACAACAUGUGUACAUGAUCCGCGCUACUGAUUGUCCAUACAGAAGCAUACAACAUGUAUACAUGAUCCGCUAGACUGAUUGUCGAUACAGAAGCAUACAACAUGUAUACAUGAUCCGCGCUACUGAUUGUCCAUACAGAAGCAUACAACAUGUGUACAUGAUCCACUAGACUGAUUGUCGAUACAGAAGCAUACAACAUGUAUACAUGAUCCGCGCUACUGAUUGUCCAUACAGAAGCAUACAACAUGUAUACAUGAUCCGCGCUACUGAUUGUCCAUACAGAAGCAUACAACAUGUAUACAUGAUCCGCGCUACUGAUUGUCCAUACAGAAGCAUACAACAUGUGUACAUGAUCCGCGCUACUGAUUGUCCAUACAGAAGCAUACAACAUGUAUACAUGAUCCGCGCUACUGAUUGUCCAUACAGAAGCAUACAACAUGUAUACAUGAUCCGCGCUACUGAUUGUCCAUACAGAAGCAUACAACAUGUAUACAUGAUCCGCGCUACUGAUUGUCCAUACAGAAGCAUACAACAUGUAUACAUGAUCCGCGCUACUGAUUGUCCAUACAGAAGCAUACAACAUGUAUACAUGAUCCACUAGACUGAUUGUCGAUACAGAAGCAUACGACAUGUAUACAUGAUCCACUAGACUGAUUGUCGAUACAGAAGCAUACAACAUGUAUACAUGAUCCACUAGACUGAUUGUCGAUACAGAAGCAUACAACAUGUAUACAUGAUCCACUAGACUGAUUGUCGAUACAGAAGCAUACAACAUGUAUACAUGAUCCACUAGACUGAUUGUCGAUACAGAAGCAUACAACAUGUAUACAUGAUCCACUAGACUGAUUGUCGAUACAGAAGCAUACAACAUGUAUACAUGAUGCACUAGACUGAUUGUCGAUACAGAAGCAUACAACAUGUAUACAUGAUGCACUAGACUGAUUGUCGAUACAGAAGCAUACAACAUGUAUACAUGAUCCACUAGACUGAUUGUCGAUACAGAAGCAUACAACAUGUAUACAUGAUGCACUAGACUGAUUGUCGAUACAGAAGCAUACAACAUGUAUACAUGAUCCACUAGACUGAUUGUCGAUACAGAAGCAUACAACAUGUAUACAUGAUCCACUAGACUGAUUGUCGAUACAGAAGCAUACAACAUGUAUACAUGAUCCACUAGACUGAUUGUCGAUACAGAAGCAUACAACAUGUAUACAUGAUCCACUAGACUGAUUGUCGAUACAGAAGCAUACAACAUGUAUACAUGAUCCACUAGACUGAUUGUCGAUACAGAAGCAUACAACAUGUAUACAUGAUCCACUAGACUGAUUGUCGAUACAGAAGCAUACAACAUGUAUACAUGAUCCACUAGACUGAUUGUCGAUACAGAAGCAUACAACAUGUAUACAUGAUCCACUAGACUGAUUGUCGAUACAGAAGCAUACAACAUGUAUACAUGAUCCACUAGACUGAUUGUCGAUACAGAAGCAUACAACAUGUAUACAUGAUCCACUAGACUGAUUGUCGAUACAGAAGCAUACAACAUGUAUACAUGAUCCACUAGACUGAUUGUCGAUACAGAAGCAUACAACAUGUAUACAUGAUCCACUAGACUGAUUGUCGAUACAGAAGCAUACAACAUGUAUACAUGAUCCACUAGACUGAUUGUCGAUACAGAAGCAUACAACAUGUAUACAUGAUCCACUAGACUGAUUGUCGAUACAGAAGCAUACAACAUGUAUACAUGAUCCACUAGACUGAUUGUCGAUACAGAAGCAUACAACAUGUAUACAUGAUCCACUAGACUGAUUGUCCAUACAGAAGCAUACAACAUGUAUACAUGAUCCACUAGACUGAUUGUCGAUACAGAAGCAUACAACAUGUGUACAUGAUCCGCGCUACUGAUUGUCGAUACAGAAGCAUACAACAUGUAUACAUGAUCCACGCUACUGAUUGUCCAUACAGAAGCAUACAACAUGUAUACAUGAUCCACUAGACUGAUUGUCGAUACAGAAGCAUACAACAUGUAUACAUGAUCCACGCUACUGAUUGUCCAUACAGAAGCAUACAACAUGUAUACAUGAUCCGUGCUCUGGGCAAACAGGGAUUAAUGCAUGUGUGUGAAGUGUCCUUCCAGUGCAGCCUGUGCAGUCCUCAAAGGCUAAUCUGGGACAACACUUUCCAUCGUGACUGAAUGUUUGUUUAGAAGAGACUCCCUUUACACAAAAAAUACCAUAACAGCCGAAAGUGUCGUCCCGGAUUAGCCUGUGUGGAUUGCACAGGCUAAUCUGGAACAACACUAGGUACAUGCAUUAAGCCUGGUUUCCCAGUGCAAGGUACAUAUAUAAUCCUCAUCACAGUAAGACAGUGAUCUGAUUGACCCAAUAUUUGGUCAGCAGUGUUCAAACGUAGAAAUUGUCUGACCUUAAUUAGCCUUUAAUUCAUAUUUAAUUAAUUGUACACAUUUUAAACAUUUUUAUAU